CCCGGCUCCGCCCCGGAAGCGUUCCUGGGUGACGGCCGCACCUGGCCGGCGGUGCUGCGGCUGGUGGCGGCUGCAGGGAAGUGGUGCUGCUAUGGAGCACAUCCGCACCACCAAGGUCGAGCAAGUGAAAUUACUAGAUAGGUUUAGCACAAGCAAUAAGUCACUGACGGGAACUCUAUACCUUACAGCAACUCAUCUGUUAUUCAUAGAUUCAAGCCAGAGAGAGACAUGGAUACUACAUCAUCACAUUGCUGUGGUGGAAAAACUUCCCUUGACUACUUCUGGCUGCCCCCUUGUCAUCCAGUGCAAGAACUUCAGGAUAGUUCACUUUGUCGUUCCCAGGGAAAGAGACUGUCAUGACAUUUAUAACUCUUUGCUUCAGCUGUCAAGAACAGCAAAAUAUGAAGAUCUGUAUGCGUUCUCUUAUAAUCCAAAACAAAAUGAAUCUGAGCAAGUCAAAGGCUGGCAACUUAUUGAUCUAGCAGAAGAAUAUAAGAGAAUGGGAGUGCCAAACACAAACUGGCAGUUGUCUGAUGCAAAUCGUGAUUAUAAGAUUUGUGAAACCUAUCCUAGAGAACUUUAUGUUCCCAGAACUGCAAGCAAGCCCAUAAUUGUUGGUAGCUCCAAGUUCAGAAGCAAAGGAAGGUUCCCAGUUUUGUCAUAUUACCAUAAAAAUAAAGAGGCUGCAAUUUGCAGAUGCAGUCAACCUCUCUCAGGUUUCAGUGCCAGGUGCCUGGAAGAUGAGCACAUGUUGCAAGCCAUCAGUAAAGCGAAUCCUUCAAAUCGCUACAUGUACGUCAUGGACACCAGACCAAAGCUUAAUGCAAUGGCAAACAGAGCUGCUGGGAAGGGCUAUGAGAAUGAAGACAACUACUCUAACAUUAGGUUCCAGUUUGUUGGCAUUGAAAAUAUUCAUGUAAUGAGAUCCAGCUUACAGAAACUUUUGGAAGUCAGUGGCACAAAGGGUUUGUCAGUCAAUGACUUUUUGUCUGGUUUGGAAAGUUCUGGAUGGCUGCGUCACAUCAAAGCUGUGUUGGAUGCUGCCGUCUUCCUAGUCAAGGCAAUAGCAGUUGAGAGCGCAAGUGUGUUAGUGCACUGCUCAGAUGGCUGGGACAGGACUUCCCAAGUUUGUUCUCUUGGAGCUCUCUUGCUAGAUUCCUAUUACAGAACAAUCAAAGGAUUCAUGGUCUUGAUAGAGAAAGACUGGAUUUCUUUUGGGCACAAGUUCUCUGACAGGUGUUCUCAGCUGGAUGGUGAUCCAAAAGAGAUCUCGCCAGUGUUCACCCAGUUUCUAGAAAGUGUGUGGAAUCUGACUGAGCAGUUUCCACAAGCCUUUGAGUACAAUGAAGCUUUCCUCCUUCAGAUCCAUGAGCAUGUCCAUUCAUGUCAGUUUGGCAACUUCAUUGGAAACUGCCAAAAAGAGCGAGAAGAACUAAAAUUAAAGGAGAAGACUUAUUCCUUGUGGCCAUUCCUUCUGGAAGAACAGAAGAAAUAUCAGAAUCCUCUGUAUAAUCCAGACUUUUCUCCAGAACUAACUCUUUUGGAGCCAAAUACAGUAUCAUUCAAUUUUAAGUUUUGGAGAAAUAUGUACCAUCAGUUUGAUCGAAGUAUGCAUCCCAGGCAAUCUGUGUUCAAUAUUAUAAUGAAUAUGAGUGAACAAAAUAAACAACUGGAAGAAGACAUUAAAGAACUGGAAGCUAAAAUAAAGCAGAGAAAUGGGCAGCCAGAUGCAGUCCUUAUGAAGGAACACCAGCAGCCUGCUCAUCCUGCACCCACGGCACUGAAGACCCCUCCAUGCUUCAAGAAGGAGCAGCCACUGAUCCCUGUGAAUGAUGCUGUAAGAACUAUAGAGGGCAGCAACACAGCAGACAAUCGCUACAGUGAAUUCGUGGCAGAGUUCUCAAAAGCUGAGCCUGCUGUUGUCAGCUUGGAGUAUGGCGUGGCCAGAAUGACCUGCUAAUUAAAAUCCAGCACUGUGCUCCUCUUCUUAGACUGUUUGAAUUAAGAGAUGGAUUAUUUUGAGGAUGGGUCUCUGCUGCAUGACCAAAACAUGAUUUGUAUAUCAACAAGUUUUGUUAACAUAGACUAGAACAACAUGCCAGUUGUCACAUGUUUGCUGUUCUUUUCAGGAA